CUGAAAUCCAACGUUGACAGAAGGCGUCAUCAGCCAAAAAAUAUACAAAAAUUCAUUUAUAUUUAUUUUGUUACUAAACAUUAUGUUGUACACCGUAAAAUAAGUUUUAAUUAAUAAUUUGCCGUGUAAAAUGAUUGAGAACGCAUGCGCGGACACCACAGCACCUGUUACGGAGCACGCUAUCGGGGAAAUUCCAGCUGAGGAUGUAGACAUUGCCAGAUCGGAAGCAACAUUCCGAUUCACAGUUCAAAAUGUGAGCCAACUGAAGGAACAGGUCCUCUCUCCACCGUGCUACGUCCGAUGUCUUCCAUGGAAGAUUCUAGUUCUGGUCCGGAACACUAGCUCACCGGACAGACCCCAGCAGAAAGCACUCGGCAUUUUCCUGCAGUGUAACGGCGAGUGCGAUGCACCCGGUUGGUCCUGCUAUGGACUUGGAGAACUCAAAUUACUCUCGUUCAAGUCAGAUGGUGAACAUUUGUGCCGGAAAUUGCAUCAUAUGUAUCAUUGCAAAGAGGACGAUUGGGGGUUUGCCCAUUUCAUAUCGUGGAUGGACCUGAUGGAUGCAGAAAAUGGAUUCAUAAAGGACGACUCUAUCACGAUUGAGGCUCACGUCAUUGCGGAAGCGCCUCAUGGAGUAUCAUGGGAUUCUAAGAAGCACACAGGCUAUAUUGGUCUGAAAAAUCAGGGUGCAACCUGUUACAUGAAUUCCCUGCUGCAAACAUUAUUCUUCACGAAUGUCCUCCGCAAAGCUGUGUAUAAGAUACCCACUGUAGGUGAUGACAGUUCGCGGUCUGUCGCAUUUGCGCUCCAACGGGUUUUUUACGACCUCCAAUUUUCCGACAAACCAGUCGCUACCAAGAAACUUACGAAAAGUUUUGGCUGGGAGACUUUGGACUCGUUUAUGCAACAUGACGUUCAAGAAUUCCUACGGGUACUGCUGGACAAAUUAGAGAAUAAAAUGAAAGGUACCGCAGUGGAAGGCACCAUUCCUAAAUUAUUCGAGGGCAAAAUGACGUCGUUUAUCAAGUGCAAGAAUGUUAAUUGUACAAGCACUCGCGUCGAAACGUUUUACGAUAUACAACUUAGCGUUAAGGGAAAAAAUGACAUAUACGAAUCCUUCAAGGACUACAUAAGUACAGAAUUACUUGACGGCGACAACAAGUAUGAUGCGGGGGAGCACGGCCUCCAGGAGGCUGAGAAGGGCGUGAUGUUUGACGUGUUCCCUCCCGUCCUGCACCUACACCUCAUGAGGUUCCAGUACGACCCGCAGAGUGACGCCUCUGUUAAGUUCAAUGACAGGUUUGAGUUUUACGAAACAGUUAACCUCGAUGCGUACCUACAAGAGAUCCCCUCAACACCAGCUCACUACACACUGCAUGCUGUGCUCGUCCACUCUGGCGACAACCAUGGCGGACAUUACGUUGUCUUCAUCAACCCCAGGGGAGAUGGAAAGUGGUGCAAAUUAGACGACGAUGUAGUAUCACGGUGCAGUAAACAAGAGGCCAUUGAGUACAACUUCGGCGGUAAGGAGGACGCCCCAUAUCUCGCCCGGAGGGCCACUAGUGCCUACAUGCUAAUCUAUAUACAGACGUCCCAACUGAAAUACGUCCUACAAGACGUAACGGAGAGCGACAUGCCGACGGACCUCUGCGAGCGAAUCAACGAAGAGAUGCGAUACGAGAUGGUAAGGACAAGCGGCAGAAAAAUAAGGCGAUUGCAGGCUCUAAAUAUAAAGGAAGAUAGUGUGACAUACACGGUGCGUUCAUAUAUUUUGAAAAAUUUACUUGUUUUGUAUAAAUGCUGCGGUGCAAUGGCUCGCCACGACGGUAAUAAAUUUUUAUUGUGACUUAUUCAAACUCUGAUUGAUAUUGUGUACAUUAUUUUUUGUUGUAAUUAUUUAUAUAUACCUCUAUCAAUAAAAUUGUUUUAAAAUAA